GUUAUGUUGGACAUAGAGCAGGUCGUUCUGGGGGAAGAGGUGAUGACCAGUGCCACAGCGUCCACCAUCAAGCCACAGACUGUUCCUGCUAUCCAACCCUAUCAGCAUGACAGCCUACAGUGUUUUCAAUGCUUCAUUACAUUUUGUAAUGCCAAGGCCAAGGAGAGGCACAUGAGAAAGAGCCAUCGUGAGGAAUACAAGCAGUCACUCCAACAGACCGAUACRCUGUUCACCUGUUAUGUGUGCGAUCGUACCUUCUCCUCCUCUGAGGAGCUGACACAGCACCAGACCUCACACAGCCUGGAAGACAAGCCCUUCCGCUGCCCCCACUGCCAGGGAAGCUUCCGGACCUUCUCUGAGUUGACACUCCACCGGCGACAGCUGUGCAAGGAGCGGCAGUGUGUGUGCAAGGAAUGUGGCAUGGUAUUCCGGGGCCCAAACCAGUUACGCACCCACCGCCUCACCCAGCACCCCCAGCCACUGGAAGAGGAGGAUGAUGACACCAAGACUCACCGUUGUGGCAAGUGUGGCCGCGGRUUUGAGGCGGAGGUGGAUCUUGUGCUGCAUCAGGAGAACUUUGCGGGUGAUCAGCAUUGCGAUGCAAAGGUCCCGGCCAAAAAACGUGGCCGACCUCCCAAGAAAGUGGCUGAGGCAGCAAACGGAGAGAAGAGCGGAGAAGCUGAGGAGGGGGGAGACGAGUCUGUGGCAAAAAGAGGGAAAGGACCGGGGCGACCCCCUAAGGAGGAGCUCCAAAUUCCCUGUCCUGAAGCUGAGUGUGACCUCACCUUCUCCUCUGUUGCCCUUCUCCGGGCCCACAAGAAGGAGAAGCACGGGCGGCCGCCUCAACYUCGCAAGGCUCACCCCUGCUCUGAGUGUGAAGAGAGCUAUGCCCGGCUGGAGCAGCUCAAAGCCCACAUGGCCAGGGCUCACAGCUCUGGCCGACACAACUGCCCCACCUGCGGCAAGAGCUUUAGUCGGGAGAGCAACCUAAAGGCACACCAGAAGACACACACUGAGGGAGAAGAGGCAACAGACAAAGAAAAGAGAUAAUCUCGGGAAAGGGAAUAUCAUCAUGAAAAUGUAAUGGAUGGUUUCGGGUUUUGAAAAUAUAAUUUGGGGUAAAACAGGCCUUGAUGUGGGUGGGUUUUUUAUGUUCAAGAUGGGGGUUUGGAAUAUGUGACAUACCAUACACAAAAGCACUCAGUUGGAUCAUUAGAUUGUUCGUGGUUAUUUUAAAGGGCUUUUAGAAAAACAACAAAAUGUACUGUGUAUAAAACCCUUUAUACAGAUGUGUACAUAAUUGUGAAUUACAACUGCCCCCCAGAGUGGGAAUCUAUUUGUUUCCAUAUUGCCAACACCUUUAAAAARUUAUAAUUCUGUAUUCAUAUUAUGGAUGUAGAGCUAGUCUAACGAUUUGCCUCAAAUGUGAGAAGUUUUUGUAACUUAUAGUAUUGAUUUUAGUAGGUAAUCAAUGGGUUUUAUGGUGUACCAUUCCACUCAUAAUUUAGUUUGUUCCUGUCAAGGCAUCUUCUGAUCAUGUAAAUUUAUAUUGGUCUGGGGAAUCCAUUGUUCCGUAAAGGAUGUCAUUGUUGUAUUCAGGUGAUCUUGUACUUUUUUUCAUCCACAAUGAAAUAGUAAUGGCAUUAAACUAAGGAGUGAUUUCAA